AUGACAACCUUUUGGUUUAUUGAAGAAAAUCCGCAAGAACUGCCUUUGACGGGAGCGAGAAGAUCCGCGAGAACUGGCUUCGGACAGAAAAGAUCCGGCUUCGAACGGAGAAGAACCGGCUUUGACGGGAGCGAGGCGAGGGGAGCGAGACGAGAAGAUAUGGCUUCGAUGGCAGCGAGAGGAGAAGAUCCGGCUUCGAGGAGAACGAGAGGAGAAGAUCCGGCUUCGACGGGAGCGAGGGUAGAAGAUAUGGCUUCGACGACAGCGAGGGAGAAGAUCCGGCUUCAACGAGAGCGAGACGACAAGAUCCAGCUUCGACGAGAGACAGAGGACAAGAUCCGGCUUCGACGGGAGGGCGAGGAGGAAGAUACGGCUUCGAACAGGGAGGGGGGGCGCGGGAGAGGGAGGGAAAAAGGAAAAAGGCAAUGUCACGGGAGAGGCCAAGGUCACGGGUAG